UGUUUUUGUUGUCAAAUAUCGAAAACUUCACAAAAGAGACAAAACCAAAUAAACGUGCAGGAAACGUUUCAAAGCGUCUUUGUCUCUGAAGUUUUAACAAUUUUUUGAGGCCUAAAAAUUUGAAGUGUUUGAAACUACAAUUUCUGGUAGAGAAAUCGCAAUGGAUUCUGAUCCCAAUCCGAUAGAAAAUCCCGAGUUCACGCUGGAAGACACCUAUGAUCUCUUGAAGGACGUCAAAGAAGAAAAGCAAAACGAAAUAGACGAGCUAACAGAAGCUAUAAGAAACAAUGAAGUUAGCAGUCUAGGUCCAAACGUGACUAUCGACAACAUUGUUCAGAAACAGCUGGAAGUGCUGGAAAGUUUAGAAAAACUAGUGAAAGAAAAAGAUCCUAGAAACUUCCCGAUUCUGAAAUCUGCCGAUCUCUACUCUACUGCCAUUCAGGGUUUGGAGGAUGAAGUUCAUAAUAUGGACGCACUUCUCAAACGAAUGCAGAAUGAAGUAUCGACUCUGAAAGCCGACGUUAAUUAUCUAGAGGACAAAAAAGCUGGUUUUGAAAAAAUGAAAGAAGCUGCUUUGAACGCCACUGAGGACAAAACUAAAAAUACAUAUGAACAAGAAUAUGCAGCCACUAAACGUCUCUUUUCUGAUGUCAAAUCCGAUCUCAAAACUGUUAUCCAAACGAUGUUCCCAGGAAAUGAUGGAUUGAACAAUUUUCUUCUAGAUCUCAGCAGGGCACAAUUAAAAGGUGGCGACGACGUAUACGUUGACAUUACUCCAGACACGAUUUACUACACAAAUUUCUUGAUAUCAACAGGCAUAAUUACUCUCCACCCUAACAACAAGAACAAGGCUAAGAUGCUGGAUUUAUUAUAAUUACAUAAUAAAUUAAAAUUUUCUAAGGAACGAGUAAAAAGUGCAAGUACACUGGGAACCCCAUUUAAGUAACAGCCAUUUAAAUAGUUCCUAGAAUUAUAGUAUAAAUUGCAUCAGCUGUUAGCAUGCGUCGAAAUCCGGUAGAAAUGGUUCACACGGCCCUCAAUUUUAACGUUCGGGGCAAGCGAAUGUUGUAUUUAAUUUGAUUUAAGGCUAUUUACGACCAUGUCUGAACCGCACGUAAAUGAGAUUCCCAGUGUGUUGUAAUAAAUCAGUGACAGAUGUAAAUAUUACAAGUCAGCGAGUACAAAGCUUCACAUUUUAUUGACACUGGUAAAAAGAGGGACCAAACUUACAUGAACUGUCCUUAGAAUAAAAGUUUUACUAUUCUUAUAAUGAUCACAAUUAAUAAACUAUAUUUUAAAGAUUAAA